UUUUUUUCGGUUCAGUUGUUGUUGGCCUUUUUGCUUCAAUUCACAAAAUCUUUUUUUUUUUAUAUAAAAACCUCUUCUUCUUUUUUUUCGAAAGAUUGAACAUAACAACAAUAAUACAAUAACCACCAAUCCCACUAUUGAGUGUUUUGUAUGUCCAUAUCGUCGACUGUUAGCAAUAGUUACGCGAAUAAUAACUCUUGGCUUCAACCAAAAGAAGGAUAUGGGUUAUCGUCAUCACCCUAUUCUUUACAGGAACAACAACAACAGCAACAACAACCACAAAAAUUAACUUUACAUACAAAGAAAGAAAAACCAAUAAUUGCGAACAAGACAAUGAUGGCAACACAUAAUGCUAAUAGACGACCUAGUAAACAACAACAGAAUCAAGAAGGAUUUGCUCGUUCCACUGCAAGUAGUCGUUCACGCGCUGGUAUGAAAACAGAUGAAGACAUUGGAAUGAGUCAACGUGUUAUUUAUGAAGCCUUUGCUCAAGCUGAAAAAAAAUUGGAUACAAGUAAUAGUAACACAACUAAUAAAACUCAACAAGUACGCCGACCUUCUAUUCAAACUGACCUUCGAAGAAAAAGUAUGGCUGAAACAAGUUCCAAGCGACGUCCAUCACGUGUAGGAGGAGGAAUUGAUUCAACUACAGCAACAACAACAACAACAACCAAUACUAUCCCAACGACUCAAUCAAAUGGUAUGAUGACACCUCCUCAACGUACUCGAGCUCAUUCUUUAGCAGUUAUAUCUUCCACCAAUACACGUCGCUCUUCUGUUGCUACUACAAAUCACAACAAUAAAAAAGUAUCAGCAGAAGUUCGACAUUCUCGAGUCUCUUCAAGACAAUCUACAACAACAACAGCAACAACAACAAGAACAACAAAAAGGCAAACACCAUCAUCAGAUGCUAGAAUCAAGUCACCCAAUAUGAAUAUGAACAACAAACAAAAUUCUCCUCUUUCUCUAGAACCCGAAAAGUCACAUCAUUCAUCCACAUGUUCCAAUCUACCCGAUCAACAAGCAUCGUCUACAUUACAAUCUUCAGCAGGAUGUCGAUCACAACAAUCUCAUGGACCCAUGUACUCAGCAGCACCAACGACAGAUUCUACCAUUUCAUCCUCUUCUUUUAGUAAUCAAUCAUCGGAACGACAAGAACCUGGAUUGAUUCGAUUGGCAGAUGCCUUACGUGAUUCAUUAAUAGUAGAACGACAAAAAGCAAAACGAGAAUUGGCUUUACAUAUGGAUCCAUCAUUACCAGCAUCGUUUGAAGGAGGACGAAAUGAAAAUGAUGACAUUGAAGGUCAUCAACGCAACAAUAAUGAAUUACGAACAAGAACCCAAUUGGAUCAACCUAUAGGAGAUAGUGCUCGUAGUGACAAUAAUGACGAUGACGAUACUCGACUUGUUACAAAAAAGACAUUUCCCUUCUCUCGACAAAAACAACAAAAUAACAAUAGCACUGCAGGAACUUUAUCAUCUGCCGAUAUCAUUUAUCAUGCCAAACGCCGUCUUAGUAAUAAUAUCAAUAGUGGCACAACUCAUCAAGACCACAGUCACGAUCAAGAAAAGAAAAAGAACAAGGAGAAAACAAAUGCUAUGACCGGAGUCGACCUCCCUUUGCGUCACCAUGAUCCGAUGACAUCCACAGCAUCACCAGAAACGCGCAUGGCUACACAAACCCAAUUGGAAAGACGUGCCUCCUUACUAGCGUAUGUGCGUCAACGUACUGGCACAACUAACAACAACAACAACAAUGAUCAUCGAUCCUCACCUUCUUCCAAUAAACCAUCGUCAUCCCCUUCUCCUGGUUCAUCUCCAGAUACACCCACAACAUCCACUUCUUUUGCAAGACAUCAUCAAAAACGACCCACUUCAUUGUCAACUUCAAGAAGACCUUCCUCUACUGUGAGUACGAAAUCAUCGCAUCUGACUCAACCAUCACCUCAUCAAAGUCCCGUACCACAAAGGAAAAAAAGUAUUCAGCAACAGAAGCAACAAAACAAUGUCAUCACUCCUUCUUCCUGUACGCCUACCGGUAAUGCAACAUCUACAGUGCGAUUACGGAAAAAGUCAAUGGUUGGUACAAAUACCGCAACUACAACGUCCACUACUACUACUACUGCUACUACUGCUACUACUGCUACAACUCCUACAGCUCUAACUCGUCGUCGCAGAUCAAGAACUGAAAGCUUGAAAGAAGGUAUACCUACAUCACCAUCCAUUCAUGCAACUACCACCACCAAUCCGACGAAUGGGAAUAAUACAUCAACAAGGACGAGGAAAAAAAGUAUGGGGCUUUCUACUCAAGAUAUCCCUCAGAAAACAACAACAGCAACAACAACAACAUCAACAACGAAAAAGCUCACGGCACCUCCUACUUAUACUAGAAAACGUGGAAAGGUAAAUAACGAUAGAUAUUUUGGGUAAUCGUUUUUUAAUUCUUUUUUUUUUUUUUGUUGGAAAUAUUAGACACUUCCUGGAAGCUUGGCCAAACCACCUGUAUUACAAACUGUGACUUUACCACCAAUGAAAGUGGAACCGAUUCAAUUAGAAUUACCGAAAAAGAAAUCUAAUGGUCGCACCAGCCAUCGAAGCAAUGAAGCAACAAACGAUAGUGGAAGUAGUGUAGAAGGUGAAGAUGAAACACAUAGUGAAAGUGGUGAAGAGAUCAAAUUACGAAGACGGAUUGGUCGAAAGGAACACCAAAGACGAUCAAGUACAGUGACAACACCUCAUAAAAAGAAGCCAACAAC